AUGGCAACCUCCUGGUCCUCGCCAGGAGGGUCCGGCGCCCUGACCCCCGUGGCUCCUGGUCCGGGGCCGGGAUGCAGACGGCAGGGGCCCCAAGGUGGCGCGGUGCCCCGUGCGGUCGGGGGUCGGCGGGGGACGAGGGACGCCGGGGACGGGGAGCGGCGAGGGGGGGGGGUGGUCCUCGACUUAGCAAAGUUGUCAAGGCGCAGGUGCCCCCCUUGCCUGCCGCCCAGUGGUCCCCGGCGGCACACGGGCCUCCUCGGGGGACGAUGUGCCAUCAUUACGCUCGCUGGCACCGUCAGCCUUUUUUGUGGGUCGGGGGUGGGGGGUGGUCACAGUUGUCACACCCGGGAGCAGGGCCCCGCCCAGCCGGCAGCCGCGGUAGCAGCGGCCGGAGCCAAGAGACAGGCCCCCGCCCCGGGUGAGCCACGGGCUUCGCGGACCCCAACAGGUCCCGGGCUCCGGGAUCUCAAGGCCGGCGCGGGCAUCCGGGCCCAGCGGUCCUGCCCUGGCCUCGGCGACCCGGCUCUCCGCGGGUCCCUCCCCUCCCCGCCACGGCCCCGGGGGUCCGCCGCGAGCUGGAACGGACGCGCGGCCGGCUGGGGGCUGCUCCGCCGCCCCUUCCCCACCGCGCGCAGCCCGCCCUCGCCCCGGACCCCGAGCCACCUGUCCAAAGCACAGGGACCCAGGGCCGUAAAGUUGCAAUUUGCAAACAGGCGGCAGAUCCACCGCACCCAGGCGGCCGCCGCUGGGGGGUUCCGGUGGGAUCUGGCGGUGGUGCACAGGGUCGCCGUCAGUCCCGGGGGUGCCGCGCUCAUCCCCAGCACUGGUCCCUCGGUGCCGGUCCUCCCGGCCACGCGCGCCUCACCCACCAGCACUCACCAUCACGUUUCCUUGCAUUUUAGCCGUCUUAAUCAUCGCCUUCUCCUUCAUUUUGCCCCAAGUCUGAACCCGACUUCUGGCCCGGAGAAGAGUAACUUAAUCCAUUGUCUCACUGAUGAUUAA